CGAAUAGAGAGGCGGGUCCAAAGAGGGAGUGGAAUGGAUGCGGGGGUUCCGGCGUACCGGAGGCGACGCGAGAUGGCGACGGCGACCUCGGGAGCUGGUCGCUGUCGGCUAAGCAAGGUGGGAGCUGGCCGGCGCCCGCCUCCAGCUCGAGUAAGGGUAGCCGUGCGACUGCGGCCAUUUGUGGAUGGAACAGCUGGAGAAAAUGAUACCCCCUGUGUACGGGGUCUGGACAGCUGUUCUCUAGAGAUUGCCAACUGGAGGAACCACCAGGAGACUCUCAAAUACCAGUUUGAUGCCUUUUAUGGGGAGAGGAGUUCUCAGCAGGACAUCUAUGCAGGAUCAGUGCAGCCCAUCCUAAGGCACUUGCUGGAAGGGCAGAAUGCCAGUGUGCUUGCCUAUGGGCCCACAGGGGCAGGGAAGACGCACACAAUGCUGGGCAGCCCAGAGCAACCUGGGGUGAUUCCCCGUGCUCUCAUGGACCUCCUACAGCUCACAAGGGAGGAGGGCGCUGAGGGCCGACCAUGGGCUCUGUCUGUUACUAUGUCCUACUUAGAGAUUUACCAGGAAAAGGUGUUAGACCUCUUGGAACCUUCAUCGGGAGACCUGGUGAUUCGAGAAGACUGUCGAGGAAACAUCCUGAUUCCAGGCCUUACGCAGAAGCCCAUCACUAGCUUUGCUGAUUUUGAGCGGCACUUCCUACCAGCCAGUCGAAAUCGGACUGUAGGAGCCACCCGGCUCAACCAGCGCUCCUCCCGAAGUCAUGCUGUGCUUCUGGUUAAGGUGGAUCAGCGGGAACGUUUGGCCCCGUUUCGCCAGCGGGAGGGUAAACUGUAUCUGAUUGACUUGGCUGGCUCAGAGGACAACCGGCGCACGGGCAACAAGGGCCUGCGGCUGAAGGAGAGUGGAGCUAUCAACAGCUCCCUCUUUGUACUGGGCAAGGUGGUGGAUGCGCUGAACCAGGGCCUCCCGCGUGUGCCUUACCGGGACAGCAAGCUCACUCGCCUGUUGCAGGACUCUCUGGGUGGCUCAGCCCACAGCAUCCUCAUUGCCAACAUUGCCCCUGAGAGACGCUUCUACCUAGACACAGUCUCUGCACUCAACUUUGCUGCCAGGUCCAAGGAGGUGAUAAACCGGCCUUUUACCAAUGAGAGUUUGCAGCUUCAUGUCUUGGCACCUGUUAAACUGUCUCAGAAAGAACUGCUAGGCCCUUCAGAGGCAAAGAGAGCCCGAGGCUCUGAGGAAGAGGAAAUUGGGAGUCCUGAGCCCCCAGCAGCUCCAGCCUCUGCCUCCCAGAAACUCAGCCCCCUACAGAAGCUAAGUAGCAUGGACCCAGCUAUGCUGGAGCGCCUUCUGAGCCUAGACCGUCUGCUGGGCUCCCAGGGGAGCCAGGGGACCCCUCUACUGAGCACCCCGAGGCGAGAGCGGAUGGUGCUCAUGAAGACGGUGGAGGAGAAGGAUUUGGAAAUUGAGAGGCUUAAGAUGAAGCAAAAAGAACUGGAAGCCAAGGUGCUUGCCCAGGAGGCUGCAGACCCAAAGGAAAAAGAGAAUUACUCUCCCACAAUGCUCCGACCCCUUGCCCGCCGCACAGUCACAGUUGCUAAACCCCUCAAAAAGGCUGUUGUGAUGCCCCUACAACUGA